AUGGACGCGUUCAUGAAGGGCUUGUCCAAGGCCAAGGAGGGGGUGGUCGCCGCGGCGGAGAAGACCAAGCAGGGGGUGGCGGAGGCUGCGGAGAAGACCAAGGAGGGGGUGCUGUACGUGGGAAGCAAAACCCAAGGCGUGGUGCAAGGCGUCACCUCAGUGGCUGAGAAGACCAAGGAGCAGGCGUCCCAGCUGGGGGGGGCCGUCAUCUCAGGGGCUGGGAACAUCGCGGCCGCCACCGGCCUGGUCAAGAAGGAGGAGUUCCCCACUGACCUGAAGCCUGAGGAGGUCGGGCAGGAGGCUGUGGAGGAGCCACUGAUUGAGCCUCUGCUAGAGCCAGAGGGUGAGAACUACGAGGAGCCGCCUCAGGUACAGGACUAUCAGGAGUACGAGCCGGAGGCGUAA